CCGGGCGGUUGACUGCGGGCACUUUGAUGAAUCACGUGUGUUGAGGCCCUCUUAAAGAGAUAGGCACCUACUUUCCCUCCACCCUAAACACCGCCCUGAGGGCGGUGGCGACCGUGGUAAUUGCAGCUGCUCAGGGGCAGGGCUUGCCCCAGCACUGAAUAGUGGCAACGGCGUGUUACGUCCGGGGUUCCUUGGAGCUAGGAGCCCCGGGGGCCUGAUAUCAGCAGCUCCGGAGGCAAACACUCCCUCACACAGGAAGAAGUGCUGCCGAAUCAGCGCGGGGCAGCGUGAACGCUCCGAGGGGCUUCCUCAGUUGAGGAGAGGUGGGGUUACAGGGCACAGGUGAUAGGGCCGGAGAAAGAUGGAGCAACCCGGGGCGGCGGCGUCGGGAGCGGGAGGCGGCAGCGAGGAACCCGGUGGGGGCCGGAGCAACAAGCGGAGCACGGGGAAUCGGGCCGCCAACGAAGAGGAAACGAAAAACAAACCCAAAUUGAACAUUCAAAUAAAAACUUUGGCAGAUGAUGUGCGUGACCGAAUUACAAGUUUUAGAAAAUCUACUGUCAGAAAAGAAAAACCUCUUAUUCAACAUCCUAUUGAUUCUCAAGUUGCGAUGAGUGAGUUUCCAGCAGCUCAGCCAUUAUAUGAUGAGCGAUCUUUGAAUUUGUCAGAAAAGGAAGUACUGGAUCUCUUUGAAAAAAUGAUGGAGGAUAUGAACCUUAAUGAAGAACGAAAAGCUCCUUUGCGAAAUAAAGAUUUUACCACCAAACGUGAGAUGGUUGUCCAGUAUAUUUCUGCCACUGCCAAAUCUAUAGUUGGAAGUAAAGUUACGGGAGGGCUGAAAAACAGCAAACAUGAAUGUACCCUGUCUUCACAAGAGUAUGUUCAUGAAUUACGAUCUGGUAUUUCAGAUGAGAAACUUCUUAAUUGCCUAGAAUCCUUGAGAGUUUCUUUAACCAGCAAUCCUGUCAGCUGGGUUAACAACUUUGGCCAUGAAGGUCUUGGACUCUUAUUGGAUGUGCUUGAAAAGCUUCUCGAGAAGAAACAGCAAGAACAUAUUGACAAGAAGAAUCAGUAUAAACUUAUUCAGUGCCUCAAAGCAUUUAUGAAUAAUAAGUUUGGACUACAAAGGAUUCUAGGAGAUGAAAGAAGUCUCUUACUAUUGGCAAGAGCAAUUGACCCCAAACAACCCAACAUGAUGACUGAAAUAGUAAAAAUACUUUCUGCUAUUUGCAUUGUUGCAGAAGAGAACAUUCUAGAAAAACUGUUAGGGGCUAUAACUACAGCAGCAGAAAGAAAUAACAGGGAACGAUUUUCACCAAUUGUGGAAGGAUUAAAAAAUCAUGAAGCCUUGCAAUUACAGGUGGCCUGCAUGCAGUUUAUAAAUGCCCUUGUAACUUCUCCUUAUGAGCUUGAUUUUCGAAUACAUUUAAGGAAUGAAUUUCUUCGUUCUGGACUAAAAACAAUGUUACCAGAUCUAAAAGAAAAAGAGAACGAUGAGCUUGAUAUUCAGUUGAAAGUAUUUGAUGAGAACAAAGAGGAUGACCUAACUGAAUUAUCACACCGCCUCAAUGACAUUCGAGCAGAAAUGGAUGACAUGAAUGAGGUGUACCAUCUUCUGUAUAAUAUGUUGAAGGACACUGAUGCAGAAAAUUACUUAUUAUCCAUUCUACAGCAUUUUUUGCUCAUCAGAAAUGAUUAUUAUGUCAGGCCACAAUAUUACAAAAUAAUUGAGGAGUGUGUUUCACAGAUAGUGCUACACUGCAGUGGUAUGGACCCGGACUUCAAGUACAGGCAAAGAUUAGACAUUGAUCUCACACAUCUGAUAGAUUCGUGUGUGAACAAAGCAAAAGUUGAAGAAAGUGAACAAAAAGCAGUGGAGUUUUCAAAGAAGUUUGAUGAAGAAUUCACAGCUCGGCAGCAAGCUCAAGCUGAGCUUCAAAAAAAAGAAGAAAAAAUCAAAGAGCUCGAAGCAGAAAUCCAGCAACUUCGAACCCAGGGGCAUGCACUCUCCGGUUCUACAGGAGUUGUGGUCCCUCCUCCACCACCUCCAUUGCCAAGUACUGGGCCACCCCCACCACCACCUCCACCACCACCACCUCUACCAGGAGGAAAUCCUCCUCUGCCUCCACCUCCACCUCUUUCAACGGGAAUGAGUGGCAUACCACCACCACCUCCUUUGUGUGCAGGACCUCCUCUGCCACCACCCCUUGGAGGAAUUCCUCCUCCUCCUGGGGCACCACUUGAUCUACCUUUUGGAAUGAAGCAGAAAAAACUAUAUAAACCUGAAGUGUCCAUGAAAAGAAUCAACUGGUCAAAGAUUGAGCCCAGAGAAUUAUCUGAGAACUGUGUUUGGUUAAAAGUUAAAGAAGACAAGUUUGAAAAUCCAGAUCUCUUUGCAAAAUUGGCGCUGAACUUUGCUACCCAGAUGAAAGUUCAAAAGAAUGUAGAAGCUUCAGAAGAAAAGAAGAUCACGCCUGUAAAGAAGAGAGUGAAAGAAUUGAGAGUUUUAGAUCCCAAAACAGCACAAAAUCUGUCUAUAUUCCUGGGAUCGUAUCGAAUGCCGUAUGAAGAUAUAAAAAACAUUAUUCUGGAGGUUGAUGAAGGCAUGUUGAGUGAGGCCUUAAUCCAGAACCUUGUAAAACAUCUUCCUGAACAGAAGGUACUGAAUGAAUUAGCACAGCUUAAAAAUGAAUAUGAUGACCUCUGUGAGCCUGAACAAUUUGGAGUUGUGAUAAGCUCAGUGAAAAUGUUACGACCUCGUCUCAACAGCAUUCUUUUCAAGCUAACGUUUGAAGAGCACGUAAACAACAUCAAACCAAGCAUCAUAGCAGUGACUCUUGCCUGUGAAGAACUGAAGAAAAGUGAAAGCUUUAAGAAACUUUUAGAGUUAGUUCUUUUGGUUGGAAACUAUAUGAACUCAGGCUCAAGAAAUGCCCAGUCAGUGGGGUUUAAGAUCAACUUCCUUUGUAAGAUUAGAGAUACUAAAUCAGCAGAUCAAAAAACAACCCUUUUGCAUUUUAUUGCUGAAAUUUGUGAGGAAAAAUACCGAGAUAUGCUGAAAUUUCCCGAAGAACUGGAGCAUGUAGAAAGUGCAAGCAAAGUUUCAGCUCAAAUUCUGAAGAGCAACCUCGCAGGAAUGGAACAACAAAUCAUUCACCUGGAACGUGACAUCAAGAAUUUCCCCGAAGCAGAAAAUCAACAUGAUAAGUUUGUGGAAAAGAUGACAAGCUUUACAAAGAAUGCCAGAGACCAAUAUGACAAACUAUUCACCAUGCACAACAACAUGCUGAAGCUCUAUGAGAAUCUUGGCGAAUACUUCGUUUUUGACUCGAAGGCAGUGAGCAUAGAAGAGUUUUUUGGUGAUCUCAGCAACUUCCGAACUCUGUUUUUGGAAGCAGUGAAAGAAAACAGUAAGAGAAAGGAAAUGGAAGAGAAGACUAGGAGGGCCAAGCUCGCCAAAGAGAAGGCUGAGCAAGAAAAGUUGGAACGCCAGAAGAAAAAGAAACAACUCAUUGAUAUAAACAAAGAGGGUGAUGAGACCGGUGUGAUGGAUAAUCUUCUAGAAGCCCUACAAUCAGGUGCAGCAUUCCGAGACCGCAGAAAGCGAAUCCCAAGGAAUCCAGUUUCAUCCCCAGAAAGAAGCUUCUCCCCCACACUGGAUAAGUGGGCUGUUUGACACAAAGGAAGUGGCUCUGUCAUCAGGCAAAUAUUAAGAAUGGGAAAACAAAUUGGUUUUUGAAGUUUUUGGAGUGCCACAGUUAGAGUACAACAACUUUGAGGAUUCACAGCAGCUUUGAUAAAGAACUACUGGAAAAUAAUCAAAGAAGUUGCUAAUCAGUUCGUUAAUUAAGUGUAUCUGUUGCACAUUACACUGAAACAAAUUGAAAAGGAUGCUGUGCUAGCUAGAAACACCUUCUCAAAUAAAGUCAAAAGUGAAGAUAAACUAAAUUGACUUUUCCUUUGUGGUUGAUUUCUAUUUAAGUAGAUCCAUCUCUAAAACACUGAGUAAAGAAAGUUACGCCUCUGCUGAGAUUCAAGCCUCUGCUGAGAUUCUACGCUUGCAGUCUCUGGAUACUCUACAGAUUAAUUGGAAGAAUAUUUAACCAGUCUGUCUUUAGUUCUUGUUUUGUUUUUUGUUUUAUUUUUGCAUUUAUAACCCACAAACCACUUUCAUUUUUACAACGCUAAGUAUACUUAGAAGAAAGACAAAAAAAAAAAGGAGAACCCACCUUGCUCACUGAAUUAAGACAGCUGGUUUUGUGACUCAAUGAAAUGGAUUAAAUACCUUUAUAUAUACCAAAAACCACCAAACCCGUUGCUGUCGAGUCGAUUCUGACUCAUAGCAACCCUAUAGGACAAAGUAGAACUGCCCCAUGGGGUUUCCGAGGAGCGCCUGGUAGAUUCAAACUGGUUUGGUUAGCAGCUGUAGCCCUUAACCACUAUGUCACCAGGGGUUUCCCUUUAUAUAUAGGCUACCACACACACAAAAAAAAAAUCUAUCAGUGAACGAAAAUAUAUGUCAGAGGCCAGAAUGAUUCCUGUUCUUCCCACUUUUUGUGGAACCUUAGCUAUAUAAUAAUGGCAGUGAAGCAUUGUAGCCCGUAAAAAUAUGUAGUUAGUUUUCAAUUAUGAUUAGAGUAGCUCUCCCCAAAAGGUUUCUGAAGAAUGCCUAAGGUUCUCUUAAAGGGUAAAAGGACUGACUAAAUUCUGACUUAAAACAAUACAUAGGCAGUCCCUGAAUUAUGAACAAGCUCUGUUCCUAAAUCUGUCUUUAAGUCAAAUUUGUUAGGUUUGGUUCAUAUCUAAUGUCAGUCAAAUGUUUGUCUUAGUAUAUAGUAUGUAGUGUACACUUAUAUGCAUAAAAAUAUUAAAGAAACACUUGCAGAUCAACUAAAACAUCUUUAACAUAAUAAAACCAAACCCAUUGUCAUUGAGUGGAUUCCAAAUCAGCAACCCUAUAGGACAGAGUAGAACAGCCCCAUAAGGUUUCCAAGGAGCUGCCGGUGGACUUGAACUGCAGACCUUUUGGUUAGCAGGCUUAGCUCUUAACCACUACACCAAAAGGGCUCCAUAAACAUAAUAAUACGGUAAUAAUAAUAACAAUGUUUUGAAAUGCAUUGCAAAGUAGUACCCAUUUGUUAUUAAAAACUACUGCAUGUCCCUCAUAUUUUUAAUAUAAUAAGAUUUACAGGGGUUGGUUUGUAACUGCAGGUUGUACGCAAGUCAAACAUUUGUAACCCAGGGACUUGCCUGUAGUCCUUCCACUAAUUUCUGUUUACUGACCUUCAAAUGUAUUAGGCUUUUUAAAGCUUACUCCUAGGAGAGUUUGCAGGUUGAAAAUUGGAAUUCACUUGAGUUUCGUUAGGUUUGAGCCAGACACCAGCUUGUGGCAUUGACUGAAACCAAAAUAGUUUAGAUUUAAAGUAAUAAAAAAAAGACAAAGAAACAGGUGCCCUGGCAAUUGUAUUAAGACUCCUGUGGUGUGGAAAGAUGUAUAUGAUAGCGCCUUUUGACAGAUUCUUUUAUUUACUUAUUCAGUUCAUUGUGGCACUCAAUUUUAAAAGUGCCAAAUGUUAGACUUUUGAUAUACGUAAUGGGUAUGAAUCCAAAAUCCACAAACUCAAGUACAUAAGAAAUGUAAUUUUCUUUAUUUUUUUGUAACUGAACUUAAUUCUAUCUUGAGACCCUCCUACUGGCUGGUACCAUGGAAGAUGAGAAAAAAAAAAUAGAGAAAAAUGCAUGAUUUUAUGCUAAGUGAAAUAAGUCAGUCACAAAAGGACAAAUGUUAUAUGAUUGCACUUAUAUGGAAUAGGCAAAUGUAUAGACACCAAAGGUUAUUAGUGGUUACCAGAGAUGAAAGCGAGGGGGAAAGAGGGAGUUAUUGCGUGGGGGGCACUGAGUUCCUCUUAAUGGUGGCAGAAUCAUUUGGAAACAGCAGUGAUGGUUACACAGCAUGAAGAACAUAAUCAGUGUCAUUGUAAAAACUGCUGAAUUGGCCAACGUCUUGUUAUACAUAUUUUACCACAGUAAAAAAAGAAUACAAAAAAGAAGAAAAAUACGUGAAUUUAUACAUUAUAUACUAUCCCAGUGAUUACAUGUUUAUUCCACUAUAAGUUAUUUAGCAUUAUACCGAAUUUACAGAUGAAGACAAUGAGGGAAGAAAUGCUGCUGGAUACAAAGUAUUUUGCCUUCCAGAAGCAUUAAUUCGAAGUGAUUGGCCCAUGAUUAUCCAUCUGCUCUAGCACUGAAAGAUCCCUAAAGACAACGCUUAGUCUUCUAUCCUUUUCGUGUUCGGUACACUGUUGGCAUUAGCAAAUAUUUGCCAAAAGGGGCUCAAUUCAAGUUCCAGAACAGAAAUAUAUGAACCACAAUGAGUCACUGAGAGGAUUUGAGUGAAAAAUCUUUACAUUUUUUUUUUAAGGCUUAGAUGAAAGGACACAUUUUCCUUUUGUUUGUUUAUCAUUGUUCUGAAUUACCACUUCCACGCACAGGUGCGUAUGUGUGUUUAAUUAAACAAAGAACAAUUCUAAGAAGUUGGAGAUGUCAACUAUAAAUGGAGACCUUCACAGCAGUUAAGAUGUUCUGUCCUUUACCCUCGUGCACAAAUGCAAACCUGAUUUGAAUGGUUUUUAGUUAAUUUACCAAAUCUGCAGUAGAAUUUUCCAGUAAUAAACAUCUUGCGAGAUUAAGUGAGGUACUAGUUAACUUCAGAAUGGUUUAGUAGACUUUUUUUAAAUCAUAUUUAAUUGUUUCGUGUGUUUUUAAAAAAAAGCAGGUUACAAAUUAAAAAUGCAAAGGAAACCUUAAUAUCACCAAAUUGUUAAUAAUUAGAGAAUUGAUCAUUAUGCAACUGAUUAGAAGAUAUAUUCAAAUCAAUCCAUGUGUAAAAUAGUAGGUGCUACAGAAUGUUAAGUCUGUGAAGGCAAGUGCUUAACAAAUAAUAAUUAGCUAUAAAGAUGGUUUAGAAGCAUGCCGUGUAUAUUCUCAACAACAACAAAAUUAAUUAUUAAUAAAAAUAGAUAGUUUAGAAGCAAAACAGUGGCUUAAUAGCUUUGUUGGAAACUAUCUCUAGACGUGAAGAUGUAUGCCAUUCAGCACCUUUGUCAAUCAUCAGUCAUGUUGUUGUUGUGUGCCACUGAGUUGAUUUUGACUCAUGGCAACCCCAUGUGACAGAGUAGAACUUCCCCGUAGAGUUUUCUUUGGCUGUAAUCUUUAUGGAAGCAGAUUGCCAGGUCUUUCUCCUUCAGAGCCACUGGGUGGGUUUGAAUAAACAGCCUUUAGGUUAGUAGCCGAGUACUUAACCAUUUCGCCACCAGGGUACUUAAAAUUUUAUAUUUGCAAUAAUUCUGUAACUUUCUACCAGAUAAUCAUAAAAAUAAACUUAUUACAGGGGAU